AUGUCGGUGGAAGAUUACAGCGCCGCGCGACGGGGGAUCCUCCAGGAUGUUGCCAACGUCUCGACCACAGCUACACGACCAGUUUCAGCACACGACGAGGAGCCUUUCGAUUUCAAGGUUGAUCUGGUAGACAUUCGCGAGAAAGAACAAUGGGGAGAUGCGCCAUUGAUCACCCUAACCCCCAACCGACAUCAAGCUAAAUCCAGCGUCGCAGCCAGAUAUGAGGACUAUAUCCUGGUUCUGCGGAGAAGAUUUAACAUGUUGGGCGAACGACAAUCGACAGAUCUUGAAGUUCGAUCACCUCAGAUACUAAGGGCCUUCCGCAAUGUCUUGGGAGAUCAUCCCUCGAUGAACUUCGAUUCUGAUUUCGUCGCCAUCUCCAAGCCGUACGCACCACUGUUUCAUUACCGCAAGGAACUUCGAAGCUAUGCUUCUGACAAAUCAAGGACAGUGAUCGAGAAAGAGCACUUGGAUGUGCUAAUCAAAUUCAUGGACAAGAACCUGUCGCAGACCGAACGUGAUUACGGACAUUCUGAACCCUACCAAAUGGUCUCUUAUCCUCUGCUCUGGACACUUUUCAGGCCGGAAGAGGUGAUUAUUGCUCAAGGCGAUCACUUCGACGAGUGCUACACUGUUGACACUUGCGAAUACGUGCCAGAAGUGCGCCAAGGCACUGACGACGACCUGACGCCGUAUUUCAAGAUUGAGGCUAAGAGAUGGGACUAUAAUGGCACACGUUUCGGUAUGUGUACGGAGAAACUCAAGAUCAGGGAAUUUCCUACUCCGGUCAAAAUCGAUACCUUGGUUUCGGGGCGGAUCAUGUUAGAUUACGAGACACACGCACAAGCUACACCCCGUCUUGCGACAUUCCUUUCGACGUCGGGCGCAACAAUGGACUACGACGACAAAUACACAGUCAACAAAGACUACGACAUGAUCGAGGACCAAAGCAUGGCGCGCAUGGCCAGUGAUAAGGAAGACAGGUUCAUGUCUCAUCUCAAUACCCCAGCUUACAAAAUCUCUGAUGACCAAGCCCUUCUCACCCCUGCUAGAGAUAUCGUACCGGGCAAGGGCAAGGGUCUUGUCUUCCUCCUUUAUGGCAAGCCGGGACUCGGCAAGACUCUGACAGCAGAGGCUGUCGCUGAGCACAUUCAGUGUCCUAUGUACUCCAUAACCAGUGGCGAGUUGGGUACAGACAUCGAGCAGACAGAUGUCCAGCUUCGUACCAUAUUCACCCGAGCAAAGGCGUGGGACGCGAUAAUAUUGCUCGAUGAAGCAGACGUGUUUCUGGCUAAGAGGACCGCAACCGAUCUCAAGCGAAACGCUUAUGUUUCAGUGUUCCUUCGCCUCAUCGAAUAUUACAAAGGCACCAUGUUCCUGACAACGAACCGUCUCGAGGACUUUGAUAAGGCAUUCGAAUCUCGGAUUCAUCUAACCAUUCGAUAUGAAGCGCUCGAUAGUACCCGCCGUACUAACAUCUGGAGAAACUUUCUGAGGAAAGUCGGGUCUGGAAGUUGGGACGAGGCAACAUUGUCGCGUCUCGGAUCAGAGACUGCUCUUGCAAUUUCGAAAUACGAAGAGAAAGAGCUCUCGGAGGAGUUGAUCCGGAGAGUGUUGGACCUUUCGAGGGAGCAUCUGAUUGGAGACGGUUCCGAGUCGACGCUCAGCCCGAACCAGAACUAUGUUCCAGCCUGA